CAGAUGUGUUCAUUUUAUUGACAAUUUGACAGUGACAGUUUGCUUACAGUGAAAUUAGCGAUAUCAUUUUUGUUGAUAAAAUAUAAAUUAUCGAGUAAUAAUGUCUUUCUUUGGAGUAGGAAAUCCCUUUUCAACACCUGUUGGCCAAAAAAUAGAGCAAGCUACAGAUGGCUUACUACCGUCGGAGAACUGGGCCCUCAACAUGGAAAUCUGCGACCUCAUCAACGCGUCUCCGGAGGCCGCCAAGGACGCCAUCAAGGCGAUCAGGAAGAGGCUGACUCAGAGUGCGGGCAAGAACUACACGGUGGUGAUGUACACCCUGACCGUGCUGGAGACCUGCGUCAAGAACUGCGGGAAGCCGCUGCAUGUGCUCGCCUGCCACAAGGAGUUCAUUUCUGAACUGGUAAAACUCAUUGGACCCAAGAAUGACCCUCCAACUAUAGUACAAGACAAAGUGCUCAGCCUCAUCCAGUGCUGGGCAGACGCAUUCCAAACUCAACCUGACCUACAGGGUGUCGUGCUGAUCUACAACGAGUUGAAGCAGAAAGGCGUUGAGUUCCCAAUGACUGACUUGGACGCGAUGGCGCCGAUCUUCACGCCUCAGAGGAGUGUCCCGGACGGCGCGGGCGACCCGGCCGCGUCGCCGCAGCGCGUCGGCGCAGCGCAGUCCACCCCCAGCAUACAGCUGCGUGACAUCAUGCCGCAGAGCACCGACAGCAUCAAUACAGUCGAUAAAUAUGUGACCCUGACCCCGCAGCAGACGAGCAAACUCUUCGCGGAUCUAGCAGUAGUGGAGGGCAACAUGGCGGUGAUGGCGGACAUGCUCAACGAGCUCACCGCCGCGCCGCCGCCGCACCACCCACAGGACCUCAAGCUACUUGAUGAAUUGGCAGAAAUCUUGGUAGCCAUGCAGGAGCGCGUGGCGGCGCUGGUGGCGCGGCUGGCGGGCGACGCGCCGCUCACCGCCGCGCUGCUGGCCGCCAACGACCAGCUCAACAACCUGCUGCUGCGCUACCAGCGCGCCGCCACCAACCGCAAUAAAGCGGCGAUGAGCGGCAAGAGCCCGGCGGCGGCGCUGGGCGCGGCCAUGGGGGUGCCUAUGGGCAGCGACGGAGCUUCGAAGAGUGAAGAUGACGCGUUGAUCGACCUGAGUGACGACGUGCCCGAUAUUACUAAACUGACGGUGAAGGACCCCUCGGGCGACAAGUCCCCCGGCAGCUCGAAGGACGAGUUCGACAUGUUCGCGCAGUCGCGCAACCUCACAUAUGAAAACUCCAAAACAGGAGGCAGCAGUUACGCUGACAACUUGGAAGAGCAAUCGUCGUCGAGCCUGGUGGCCGCGGCCAAUCAGCGCGCGACACAGGGCGCGCCCUUGCCGACCGGCAUGGACCAGCGAGAGAUCGAUGAGAUCGCCGCGUGGCUGGAACAGGAAAAGGCGGCGGCCUCCACGGCUGAGGGCGCACAAGAGUCGGUCACCAGCAGUGACUUCGACAAGUUCCUGGCCGAGCGCGCCGCGGCAGCCGACAACCUACCCAAUGCCAACGACGAUAGAGCCCAAAACACCCCGCAGCAGACCCCGAGACACCGACAGAUCAAGAAAGAGGAGCCAAAUUCUAUGUUCGCGCUCUGAUGUGCUAACUGAAGUGGUAGAUAUAGAUAUUAUAACGUCACUUAUGAGUAUCGCAGUGUACACUCUCCUAGUUUGUUAGUCUCACCUGAUUUUGAUGACGUCACUUCUUCGUCGCGGUUUUGCGAGGACAGUGGCGCCGUGCGGGCGUUUUCGGAACUUUAUAAUGAUUUGAAGAGAAAUCGCAGCGUAGCUCUGCUGUUGUCUUGAAGCUAAAUUGUACAAAGUUUUGUUUGAAAUAUAUUGUAAACUAUAAAAGUGUUCUCGGAAAGUAAAGCUACGUGUUUGUAUAGUUUGUUUUAUAGAUUAUUGUCUACUUGUUUGAAUAUCGAAAAACUAUGACUAAAUACGAUAUUAAAUGUUUUUAAUUUGCAUCGAAUUUCAAACAGUCACAGGAUCUUGACGUUGGGUGUGCAUUCACUGAUAUUUAAAUCAUAACUAAUUAAUUAUUGAUAUCUUAAUAAAUAAUGGAUAUACCAUUGCGUGCCUAGCUUUGGUAGAGUAAAAUUGAAAUAUUUUAAGCUGAUGAAAACGACUAAUAAAUUAAAUGGUGUAUUAAGAAACCAUGAUGAGAUAGUACAUAAAUGUAUGUAUAUUAUGUAGGUAUGGUUUUAAGGCAAUAUUAAAACAAUAUUGCAUGCAAAUAAUCAUGAGAUUUUUUGGAAACGAUAUGAUUAAGUAUGGAUAAAGGACACAGAUGGAUAAAAUCACGGGAGUGGAGGAUUUGAUACGAUUGUACAGGGAAUAAGUAUAUAGAAUGUAUGUAUUUCUAUUCUGAAUUUCAACUUAAAAUACUUCAACAUUCAAGUCUAAUAAUGCUUGGUGCAAAGCUUCCCAUCGUAUCGGGUACAACCUAGUAUUAAUAAAACCAAUUCGCAGUUGAGUCUCAAUAACAAUCCGUCUGUGAAUUUAGAUAAUAAUAUAGAUUUUCAAAUCAAAAGUUUUCAAUUCCUUUGAGGGCAGCUAUAAAAUACGUAAAUAGAUGUUACAACAUACUCAAUAUUUUAUGCUAUCAUAAUUUACACUACCGCAUGUCACUGGGUUAAUUGGUUUCAUUAUUACUAGUUUUCAGUGUAAUGUAACUACAAUAGGGUAAGUUGCGACUAGUUUCACUAAUGUAUUACACAUUUGCAUAGAUUUUUGUAUCGCGGUAAGCAUUUAAAUUGAAGAAUUAAAGUGUAAAAAAAGACAAGCGUUAACAAGUGCUUAUGAGUAUUUCAGGAUUAACUUUUUAUAAAGCAAGCAUUUAGUGUCUUUGGUGUGAUAUUUUUAAUCAUUUUGCUGUUGUAUUCCCUGUUUUUUUCUGCCCUGUAUACAUAGAGUAAUGUUUAAUUAUUUAUAUUGCACACGUAUUAUUAUUAUGACUGUAUAUUUUGCUUUUGUACAAUCACGAUGGUUGAUAAGUAGGUAAAAAUUGACUGUUGUUAAUUAUUUAAUAGAACUGAAGUCUCGAAACUGAUAUAAGUACGGAGAUAUUGGAUGAAAUUGAUCGACGAACAACUACCUACAAUGUACCUAUGAUAUAAUGAACGCAAUGUUGCCAACGCGUUAUUAUUAUUUAACUUGCACCAAAGUAACAGACUCAAGCUUGGAUUAACACAUUUAUAUUUUAACCAUUCCAUUACGUUUAUAAAUACUAGAAUUUUAUUUUGUUCUUUUGGUGUUAUUGUGAUAAUUUUGACAGAACAACAUUGUUAAGUAUUUAUAGUUAUGUUUUGUUGUAUUCAAUGUAUUUAAAAUAAAUCAUUUACCAGAUAA